AUGACGGCCUUUGCGACCUCGAUCUUCCAUCGCGAUGAUCCAAAGAAACAGAAUGAGAACAUCCACAUCAAAUUCCUGAAUCUCUCUGCACCAGCGCCCUCUAGACCGCCACCUACCCUCCCCACCGCUUUCCGAAUUUCUCCUCCCCGCCAAUCCGACAUCAGACACCACACGAUGGAGCGCCUAUCUCUAAACGAAAGCCCUGCCCCGGCCCCUCGAACCCCGCAGCAAAACCAACAAUUCUCCCAGAAUGCCCUCGGCCCAGCUGGCCCCCAGCCAACAGGCGGCCCACCGCAGUUACCCCCGCAGAUGUUCACGACCGCCGCACAGCUGCUCGAUCUAACAGAUAAGAAACUCGUCCUCAUCCUCCGCGACGGCCGUAAACUCAUCGGCGUCCUCCGAAGCUGGGAUCAGUUCGCAAAUCUCGUUUUUCAGGAUACCGUGGAGCGCGUCUACGCUGGACAGCUGUAUGCCGAUGUCUCGCGCGGGAUCUUCAUCGUUCGUGGAGAGAAUGUGCUCCUGCUAGGCGAAGUGGACCUCGACCGCGAAGACGAUAUCCCGCCCACACUGACUAGAGCUCCGUUCGAGGAAGUUUUCGAGCUGAAGAAGAAGGAGGACUCAAAGCGGAAAACGGGCGAUAAGAAGCGCUACGAUGAGCUGCAGGCGCUCGGUUUCGAGCCCGAACACAGUGGGGAAAUUCUGUUCUAA